CACUUCCGUAUGACGUCACGGUCGACGGGGAAACUAGACGGUAGUAGCUAUCGUGAUCGGAAUAUUAUUGGUCUAAUUAUUUUGAUGAUUACCGCUCACUGUAGAAAAUAUUAUCGUAGUGAUAGUAAUAAAUAAUAAUCAUACAUAGGUAAUAAUAAUAAUAAUAAUAAUAAUAAUAAUAAAUAAAUAAAAGUAAAUAAAUUAUUAUUGUCGAGGACUGAGGAGACUCGAGUGCAUGGAUAAACGAGCGGAGAGCAGUGAUCGAGAGUAAUGAGACUUGAGUUGAUGAUGCGUCCGUAUUGACUGCCGAGGAUUUACCACAGGCAAUAGGCACCUAUAGCAAUAUUGUGGUUGCUAUUGAUCGCGUACGGGGCUUCUUCGGAGAUUAUUGUUUGGGUAGCAUGGCAACGUUUAAAUGGUUUACGGUGUCUGGCAGCACGAGUUCCAGCUAAGAAGAGGACGUUGUCGUUACGUUGUCGCUUCCACGCCAGAUCAAAGGAAACGGGUGUAUGAAUACUGUUAAACACAAGCCGGGAUUGCAACUUCAGUACCUGUUGCAAGGAGGCUCAUACCGAAACACCAAACUACACGAAAUAACCAUGAUUGGAGCGAUGCCUGCUGUGGCCGUCCGUCACGAACGGCGAAGGCAAGAAAAAAAAGUUGUGUGCGUGAAUAAUCUGAACACCGGUGAUCGGGAAGGUUCAUCGAACACCACUGGAAACCGGAGACCAAGUCUUUUAACACUGCAGUCACCGCAUUCCCAGACUGGCACACCGAUCACAUCUCCACCGUACAUCCAAAACUCAUUGCCAGAUAUCUAUGUCUGUUCAAAAGUGUCCGUACUGCACAUAGCCGUGGUGACUAUACUCAUCGGGGCCAUACUGCUGAUCGUUGGGCUUGUUCAGCUGAAGCCGGGUGCGGACGCGUCUCAGUACAAGCACGUGUUGAUCUUUUCCGGUCUGAUCACAACUCUGGUCGGUAUCCUUACGGCCAUCAUCCGGUGCUGCCUUCUGCCGUGGGUCAUCAAACGCCGACAGAGGAGGUCCACCCCAUCGACGCCUGGCAUGCUGUUGACCGCAUAAUAGAGGAGAGAACGCCGCACCGCCACUGCAAGACUAUCGAGAUUUCUGCUUAUAUUUGCUUCACUCACACACACACACACACACACACACACACAAACACACCACAUACACAUUUGUUUUUAGGAUGAAGUGUGUCAAACAUUAUUUAUAGAUAAAAAAUGUUAUUUAAUUUUAACUCUUUGUCGCCUGCACGAUGUUAUCCAAAAAGAAUCGAGUGGAAGAAUUUCGGUCUCGUCCGCGAAAAAAAAACGAGUUUGAUGUAUACGGUAUAUACUAGUCACUAGAUACAUAAAUUUAAUAGACGAUGUAAUGUAAAAGAUCAUCUAAAAUAUUUACAGGUUUUUAAUGUUAAACGGUGAAUCGAUAAUAUAAAUCGGUUAAUUGCGAUCAGUUCUAGCCUGUGGUACACGAAACGAAUCGAAUCUUCGCUAAAGAUUAUUCGGUGCCUCUAUACACAAUAAAUCAUAUAUUAUAAUUGUAUUUUAUUAUAAAAUACUUAAAUACAUAUAAUAAAAUACAUAUUUAUACAAUAUAAAAUAUACAGCACACACACACAUAUACACAUAUACACACACAUACACAUACAAAUACACGGGUCUGUGAUUUUAACUCUCACCGACAUCGUUCGAUGACAGGUCUGAGUAGUGAGUUUAUUAAUAUGUUAUACCUAGUAAGGAAAUUCAAAUAGAAAUCGUUUUGUUCUUGUGUUUUAAAAUUGUAAAGUGGAAACGUUUUUUAUUAAUUUUUGUUAAAGGGUUUAUGAUUUUUUAUCCUCAUAAUUUAUGUCCACAGUAAGUAAUCCCAAACAGUGCUUGUAAAUCAAUCCUAAAUUGCUAAAUAGGAUGUUUUAUAUUAUACAGUUUAUACCUAUUAUACAAUUACAAUGUAUAUUUUUAAGGUAUUUAUGGGACCAACAAUAUGAAACAUGAAACCAACAUUUAUGAAUAAUUUUAGUCCGAUUCAUAUGCUACAUAUCUCUAAAUAUUUUAACCGCAAAUAAGCAAUGUAUUCAUUAUACAUAUAUUUGAUUUUUUGAAUAAUCUGGGUCUUCAUUUUGUUUUCGUUAUGUAAUUAUAAUUUAUAAUACCUACAAUUAAAUGUUAAAAAUAUACAAACUUUCAAUUUGCUGGUCCAUGUUAAUGUCAAGGCAACAAUAAUUGUGACUUUGCUAGUUUUUGGAUUCAUACCGUAACUUUUGAAGUCUUCCAUUAUUAUUUUUUAUCCUACGUAUUAUGCGUACAUUAUUUUAAUUGACUGACCUUUCACAACUGACCAAAGUAUAAUUUAACCGUUCAAUCAAUAAACUGUAAUGUCCUUAAUCAAAAUAUAGCCAUUUUAUGAUUCGCUCAAAUUUAAUUAAAUUAUGUAUUCUAUGUUAUUGGCCAACUUAAUUUGUAUAAGAAACUUAAAAAAUUAUUGAAAUUCACAACAUGUUCAGUGAUUUUGUUAGUACAAUUUUGACAUA